AUGACGACAGAGUUCGAUCUUCCAAGGGAUUUGAUGGAGCAGGAGAUUCUGCCUAGAGUUCCCAUAGCAUCUCUUAGAGCAGUGAGAUCUACUUGUAAAGAGUGGGAGGCUUCAUCCAAAAAUCAGAUUCUUGGUAAAGCAGCAGGAGCAACAAAGCCGCUUCUAAGGUUCAUGAUGAUUGAUUAUCAGAUAUCUCAAGUCAUUCACUGCGAUGGCUUAUUGUUAUGCGUCGUCAAAGACAACAAAGGGCUUGUGGUAUGGAACCCUUAUCUAGGUCAAAUAAAGUGGAUCCACCCAAGAGAAAAGUUCGAGAGUCGUGACGUGUAUGCUCUCGGAUACGACAAGAACCGUAACCACAAAAUCCUGAGGAUUUUCUUUGAAGAUUAUAGGGUUUUUGGGUACGAAGUCUACGAUUUUAGCCUUGGUUCAUGGAAGGAUGUCUAUGUCACCCACGAAGACCGGGAUAUAUGGUUCCAUCAACCAAGCGCCUCUCUAAAGGGAAACACUUAUUUUUUAGUAGAAGAGAAAGGAACAAAACUUGUAAACGAAUAUGCACGAGAGAAAGGGAACAAAAAUUUGGACGAGUAUCUACUGUGUUUUGAUUUUACAGCAGAGGAAUUUGGGUCGCGUCUGCCUCUGCCUUACGAUGAACAUAAUGUAUCUCUAUCUUGUGUGGGAGAUGAGAAGCUCGCUGUGUUACAUCAAACUUGGGGUAAAAGUAAUGUUAUAGAGAUUUGGGUUACGGAUAAGACUGAUCCCAGUGCGGUGUCAUGGAGCAAGUUUUUGAAACUGUUGGACAGUGGUAUCGAGGUUGACAUCUAUGGUGGAAGCUUUUUCAUUGACGAGGAGAAGAAAGUUGCUGUAAUUUUCGACAUAGACGAACCUGAACCGAACCAGACCUGUCGCUACAAAACAGUUCGCACCAUUACACAAGAUGGAGCCUUCACAUCUGAUAAUAUGGGAGAAGCCCUUAAUAUCGGGACACCUGACGAUGAGAAAUAUUGUUUCCCACUUGUGUGCCCUUCAUAUGUUCCAAGCUUAGUGCAACUGUAA